CGUGCCCGGAUACGCUAUCCGGACCCUCGACCCAACUCGUCUACAGGCCUCUGAUUUCCACGACAUCUCGCAUAUUCGACAGCCCAUGUACAGUACCGACCGUGAGGAUGUGCGGGGCACCGUAUAUCGCACGCUGCAAAAGAUUAGUUACUUUAUCAAAGAACCAGACCCAAAUGGCGUCCCAUUUCCCCCUGGCACUCAAGGCUUCCUCUACUACUCAUGGCCCCUCGCACCGAACUCAGCCCCGUCAUCUACAGUGUCAUCGGCAGACGGAAACUCACAAGGAAUCAUCAAACAACAGAAACACAUCGAGAAACUCGGCCAAAUUCGCUUCCGCAAGACCGAAUCGAGCGACCCAGCGACCUUCGCGAAAGGAACGGACCUGAUGCUCCCGUCCGGCGUCCCAUGGAUCAUGUACCCUCGGCCUGACCCAAACACCAGGGAAACCUUCUUCUGGAAGCUUAUUCUCCGCGACGGCAUGGCAUCUACAGACGUAGGCAUCACUUAUCCCACCUUCUUGCGACCCAUCAGCGGGCCCGAGGUCACUACUUUUGGUCAACCCUUCAGCGUGAGAUUCAACAAAACCACGAUCCGUUGUCUGCUCUUAUCUCACAAAGAGCAGACGAGGAGAUGUUUUGUCAUUCAUAAUCCUCUACGACCCCGGGUCGAAAAUUCAAGUAGGAGGGGAUCAGCGGAAUAUAGUGGGACUGCCACCUAUUGCUUCGAACGCUCCCCGCUCCCCGAGCACAGGGAUCCGAACACACGUUUCGUCGUCAUUCGAGUCUUGAAGAUCGUCAAACCUAUCGAAAACCUCCUCCAACAUCCACAAUCUGGGCAGCCCUUCCCAAACAGGCCGGUCGAAGGCGAAUUGUUGCCCGGUCGGAGGGGGACACCGUGGUUCUACGACGUAAACGACGCAAACCGAAACUCGGUGACGCGAGCUCUAGCCACUCUUUUCGAGAAUGAGAUGUUUGAAGCGAGCGGAGGUGCUUCUGAGUCUCAGUCUUCUACAGAAGGUGCUUCGAGUUCAUGCUGCAUGCGUCCAUCCUCUGCCACUCAGACGGUUCCACCAACCCCUGCUAUCAUUGUACCUAUUGUGUCGAACUCGCCUUCUCACAUAUUCAUGUCAGCGAAUACUGUAGCCUUGGCGGGCAAUGCCUUCAUCACAUCGGCCCCGGCGGGAGCCACCGAGAUCAUCAACGACAACGGCCUGGCCAACUGGACCAACGCGAACACCAUCACCAGCGCGUACUUCCGCAUGGCCUCCACCGCCUCGGUGACGGUCGGGCUGAACGCCUACCUCGCGGGGAGUAACCACAGCUCCGUCAGAGUCACCAUCAACGGAACAGCAUUCACUGUCCAGCUCGCUGGGACGGCCGCCAAAACCUAUCCCGUCGGCACUGUCACUGUGUCCGCUCCUGGAUACCUGAAGGUAGACAUGCAGGGUCUGACCAAGGACGGCAGUUACUUCGGUGAUGUGUCGGGCUUGAGCGUAACCACGUCCUCUGCGCUCGCCUACGCCAAUGACGCAGCGAACUACUACUGGUCGCGCCGUGGCCCUUCGGUCCACAUGGGCUACACCGUGCCAGUCAACAGCGAGUACUUCUACAACGAGGUCACCGUUCCCGUGGGCCAGGACCCCGUCGGCUCGUACUUCAUGGUCGCAGGCUUUUCCGCUGGCUACUGCGGCAUCCAGGUCAAAGACAACGAGCGCUGGAUCCUCUUUUCUGUCUGGGACGCAGACAACGGUCAGAAGACCACACUCGUGAGCAAGGGGGCAGGAGUUGUAGACAACAGCUUUGGUGGCGAGGGUACCGGAGGACAGGCGCACCUCGUCUUCAACUGGGUAGCUGGAAACACCUACAAGAUCAUCACGCGCAUUCGUCCCGAGGCCAGUUCAGGCAGCACUCUGUACUCCGCGUGGUUCUUCGCGCCCGAAUCGAACUCCUGGCGCUACCUCGCUACCUGGAAGCGUCCUUCCACCAACACGUACCAGUCUGGCGUCUACUCCUUCCUAGAGAAUUUCAUCGACACCAAAGGCUUUUUGGGCCGUCGUGUGCAAUACGGUAACCAGUGGGCACGCAACCUGAACGGCACCUGGUCCGAGAUCACCGCUGGUCACUUCACCGGUGAUGCCACCGCGAGUAACGCGCAGCGCAUGGAUUAUGCGGGUGGCCUGGAGAACGGGCGUUUCUACCUCCGCAAUGGCGGUUUCUUCUCCGACUACGUACCACUCAACCAGAACUUCAACCGCCCUGCUACUGGACAGCAGCCGACGGUCGAUGUGAACACCCUGCCGACCCAGUGAAGCGACAAACAAGAAGGAUGAGGAAUUGAGGAGGAGGAAGAGUGUGGGAGGUUGCAGGCGCUCGUGGAGGUCGGAGGUGGCGGUCGAGUUGUGUGGCGACAGUGCGCGGUGCAUUCGAGAGUGAGAGCCAGAGGUCAUAGUCGAGCGGAGAUGAUAUAAGAGAUAAUCGCUCGUUGGAUGUUUUACGACGCAGAGUGUACUGAACUGAAGACGGAGCCUAGUUGACGCUUUCCAGGAAGUAGGAAUCAGGCGGUUAGUGUGAGCGAACGGCGACUGUGAGCCAGAAAGGUGAUGAAG